AUGUCACAGCAUCACACUGUCGACACUCCUCUGACAGCAAAGUCAGAGGAAACAACCACCUUCACUUCAACCCCCGACAACCACACCCACGCCAAGUACAACGACAACCUCCUCCUCAACGACGACUACGACAAGGACGACGACGACGACGAUGACGACUGGAUCGAUAUGCAGCCAUCCACCACCUUCACCCAAGGACACAAAGCAGCAACAGCCACCCAAGACGACCAUUUGGUCCCCACUGCUACUGGAGACAGUAGUAGUCUCUCUCAGAACAAUGCUCACCUGGACCCUCGUCCUAGUGACACUCUUGCCGAGUUGGCUUCCUCAUUGCUCUCGAUUCCUUCGGACUAUGGCCUCGAGUCCUCUACAGACGCCGCUACGACCGACACUGCAUCGUUUCCUCUGUCCCUUCAAGUUCCUUCAAUCGAUCAACAACACCAACUCGGCCUUGACGAGGACGCUAUUCCAGGAUCAGCUACCUCCUCCAAUUCCGAGUCUGAAUAUUCCUUGCUCAACCCAUCCUCGGACCAGUCUCGCAAGAACUCGCUCACAGGCAUCUCGGUCUUCCAUGCCCUCACCCCUACACACUCCCAUUCCGAUGCUUCCAGCAGCCCUGCGAUCACAGACGACCAGCUCUCCCUAGGUAGUAGUCAGCAGGACGACGACGACCAGGAUGACGAAGGCGAAAGUGAUACUCAUCAACCCCCAUCCAUUGGUGUCACUAGCCCCUCUUUUUCGGAUUUCGUGCAGGUUGGGAGUGAUCAGGGAGACGACUUUUCAAUGUCUUCCCGUCUUUCGAGCGGAAAACAGACCCCCUCGCCUACAUCCUUCUCGGAAGCAAGGGCUCGCAUGGAGGGUGCUAGCAACCAUGAGGAUGACGACAUUAUGAAUGCUACAGCUGCUCCUGCUGCGGUGGCCGAGGAUGCAGAGAGGAAGGCGACAGAGACAAAGGAAGGGAAGAAUGACAGUGACAGAUCAAGGGGUAUCCAGGAGGUGCUACACAGUGUCACGAGCAACCAAGGAGAGAAUGCAUCAUCACCACCACCACCACCACCAAACACACUUACAUUCUCCACACAGUCACCACCAAUCUCCACAUCUUCUACGACAACGACAACACAAGAUUCGAGUCAGCAAACCCUUCCCCAGCCGUCCACAACCUCGCCGGUUGACAGAAGCAGAUACAGGACAACAGUGGAGGAUGUGAGGAGUAGUAGUGAGGAAGAAGGGGAGCUCGCUGGUGGCUCUGGAAUGCGAUACAGAGGUGCGCAGACUCGACAGGACGACCGCAAUGACAUCCGCGGUUCAUUCUUUGGCACAUCCAGGGCGACGUCGACUAUGCCAGGAGGACUCAAUUUGGGUUUGGAUGCCGACAUUGACCAUUUUAGUCACCCUGCACAGCCGGCUGCCGUCCCUUUUAACGACCCUCCUGUUGACGAGCGACAAUGCAGGAUUUGUCUUGGAGGUGCGGAUGAAGAGGAUACCUUGGGACAUCUCAUCUCUCCUUGUCUCUGCAAGGGUUCUAUGAAAUACGUGCACAUCGAAUGUCUGAAUGCGUGGAGAACAAGGAGCCCGAAGCCUGAGAGCCAUUACAAGUGCGACACCUGCAAGUAUGCCUUCUCGUUCCGUCGAACGAGCUUUGCACGGUAUCUUGGCCACCCCUUGACGGUCUUUGUGCUUACGAUCGCCGCCUUCGUGUUGUUGGUGUUUGCGGCUGGCUUUGCCAUGAAGCUGUUAAUGUAUCUGAUGAUGGACGAGUCCCAGGAGUUUAUUUAUCCCGCAGACCUGAGUGAUGAUGAAGACCUGGAGGUGAUGCGGUUGAGGGAGGACAUUGUGAUUUUCAAGACACCAGAGAGUCUGCGGGCAGUCUUUCAGAUCGACAAGACCCACAUGGUCUUUGGAUCGUUCUUUGUCAGUAUCAUUGGAUUCCUGCAACUAUUUGUGUCGGUGUGGAUGGGCGGCGGAGGGGGCAUAUUCAGGAUUGGAGGGUUUGGAUUGGGAGGUGGUAGACGACGCGGUGGACGGGGAGAACGACAAGGAGAGGCGGGUGUGGGAGGGGUGUUGAUGAUUGUUAUUUUGGUGUUUGGGUUGUUCAAGUCUGUGUAUAUGACGUAUCAGUUUGUGAAUAGGAUGUCGCGGCGCGUUUUGGCCAAGGCGGAGAUGAUGGUUCUUGAAGUCCAGGCGUAG